GUCACUCACUGUCUCUUUAUCGGGGAGUAAUUUUUGUUGCACCUAGUGGCGCGUCUUGCUGGCCAAGCAGGCGGGCGUCAAGGCGGCAUUGGCAGGAGCUGCGCUGACAGACAGGACAUACGCCUGCAGAAAUACUGUCAAUCCACGACUUCCUUGACGCGUCAAGAUGAUAUUCUCAGAAUCCAUAGAAUUUCAGAUUUCACUGGGUUUGCUGAUGUAUCAUAUUCAAAAGUGGCCACUGAGUUUCCUGUUCGGACUGGCGUGUGUGGCGUUCUCUUGCGUCUAUUUUCAAUGGAAUCCAGUGGUCAUCAUCUUUAUACUCUUUCUUAUCUUAUUCGUGUGUGGCUGGUAUAUGCUAAACCCAGUGCUUCCUGUCUAUGCACUGGCUGUUCUGUUGUAUGUAGUGUCAUGCCUCUCCUAUCAAAUGGCAAUUCCGCUACCCUUCUUCGAGGUGAUAACGUCGCUGUACAUGAAAUGGGAUAGAAUGGAAUGGAAGUGGAAUGGAAUAAGUGGAAUGAAUGGUGGAAUUGAUGAUGACGCGUGUCUACAAACCAAGUACACACCACUGCCUGUGGCUCAACUACAGGGAAGGCUCAGAAAAAAUUUGGUGGGCCAAAGUUUGGCAAUAGAAACGAUAAUUGAUAACCUCUCUGAGUUCAGUGAGUCUAAACCCUCCAGGCCCCUUGUGCUGUGGUUUUCGGGGAGGAAAGGCAGCGGCAAGACGCUCGCUGCCAACGUCAUGAGCAGUGUGCUGGGCCAGAAGGGCAGGGUGCAGGCAGUGGUGUCCUCACACCUGCCUGAAGACCAAGAGGUACUGCAGCAAGAGGCGGAAUUGCUCAUUCGCGGCGUGGAUCCCUGUGCCCCUAACUUUCUUGUCAUAGACGGCUGGGAUGGAGAUUCCUUAUCCGCCCUUGGCAUCCUGAAAUUCUUCCUGAAGGGACUGCUGGAUGAUGAAAACCUCCGGAACAGUAAUGUCCUGGUAGUCUUGAGUGGCACCCGAGCAGCCCGGGGCGUAGAGGAACACUUCCUUGACUUUCUUCGCGGCGGGCGAGGGAAGGAGGAUCUUCACCAUGACUUCACCAACCUGAGCAUUGCACUGCAGGACAAACAUCUUCUAAGCCGAGCCACGCGCUCUGUUGUCCUGGUGCCCUUCCUGCCCAUGGACGCCGUGCAGGUGAGGAGGUGCGUCACGAGGGAGCUGCUGAUGGUGGAGAGAUGGGAGUUUGUGGUGGACGAGGUGGCCCUGGCCAAGGUCCAGCAGCAGGUGUUGGAUCUCAUCGAGAUGGAACCCGGCACUGACCCUCCCCUGGCUGCACUUGGCUGCGGGAGAGUGUCCUUCCUCCUCACGUUGCUGCUGCCUCACCUGCAGGAGUUAUGAGUGUGUGUGUGUGUUGUGUGUGUGUGUGUGUGUGUGUGUGUGUGUGUGUGUGUGUGUGUGUGUGUGUGUGUGUGUGUGUGUGUGUGUGUGUGUGUGUGUGUGUGUGUGUGUGUGUGUGUGUGCGCGCGCGCGCGCGCUAUUCCCUUUCUAGAACGACCACAAUUCCUAGACGCUCGGGUCCAGUCCAGUCCAGUAGGGGGUAUGGGGUUGAAAACCUUGGUAUUGGCGUGUAUUUCGCGUGUAUUUGUGUGUAUUUAUUUAUUUAUUUUUUUUCCUCUAUUCUUGAUAUAUCUUGUUUUGUCUUUUUCAAGAUUGUGACCAUAUAUUAUUUUCCUUUUUCAAUUUCUUCCACUGGUAAUGCUUUUUACACUAAUGUAACAUCAUGAAUUAUCACAAUGUAGUGACGGGCACAGGAGUGAGGCGUGAGACGCGAGGUGGCUGGGUGCGUGGCAUAUCUUUGGUCUAUCUUUGGUCGGUGUUCAGAGUUUGUAGAGUUCAUUCGUUUAUUUUCCCUUUUUUUGCCAUUAAGAUAUAUAGUCAUUGAUAAGCCAUCAGUAGAAUCAUGUAGACACUUUUAUGUACACUCAUAGAUUUUGCUGAAGCGUGUUCAAGUGUCUAUAGUGUAACGAAAACAUCUUAGAAUCCCCCAAUAACUUCUAAAACGUAAAGUCUUUAUGUGAUUAUUGAAAUACGUGAAAAUACCCUUAGAAGUCGCAGUAACCUCCACUGAACUCAUAAAACUAAUCACACUAAUCAUGAAAACACCCUUAAAACACCAAUCCCUUCCAUGAUAACUAUGAAAAUCCGAUAACGUUCACUAAUACUUCUUGAAAUAACACUAGAAACAAUAAAGAGCUCCGGAAAAGUCAGCACCUCCCAACAGAUUACGUUAAUAUGUCAACAGGACCGCCGAGGUACAGUGGAACCAUGCGUGCUUUGGGGUCCGAGGGGUCUCUAAGCGCACGGGCUCGAAUCCUGUCCACGGUCCGAGUGUAGGUUGGGCUUCCUCACUCGGGGCAACGAAAAAGCCGUGUGCGUCAGGAGGGGCGGAGACGGACAGGGUGACGGACGCGCAACAUUGUAUCACACGUGUGCCUCUUAUGUUAUGCAGUAAGAAAUUGUAUUAUAGUGUUUUUCUAAUUUAGAUUUAUUAAUAUUGAGAGAGGCUUUUUAUCCUAUUGUUAACGUAUCAUGUAUAUUAUAAUUCUAGUGGUAUCGUUAUAUCGGACAACUUAUUUUUCAUUAUAUCAUUGUUGUUGUAUCGCAGUGUGAGACAUGGGGACGUGCCGAAAUUUGUCGUGAGGAUUGUUGAUUGUUGAAGGGAUCAAAUAAAUGACUUAACGAUG